CAAUGCAACCAAACGACAGAACGUUAUACUUUGUAGAGGAAAAAAUGUAAAAAGUUAAGUUUUAACCGAGCACAGCCAACAGUAUUUCACGAGAGUUUAAGCAAGAAAAACCUAUAAAAAUAAACAGCGUUUUGAAAAUUGUUUUAUUUGAAAAAAAUAACGGUCAAUAAAUAAAUAAUAGAAAGAAAAACUUAAUAAAAACAAACAAUCAAGUGAUAAUAUUUAAACUAUUUGUUGUAAAUAUUUGUAAUUAAAUGAAACAUUAAAAUAUUGUGAUUUUUUUUGCACAAAAUUACCUUGUGCAUUUUGAAUACCGUGAAAUUUGAGUAGUCAAAUACAGCAACAACUAUUCUAAAGUCUAGUAUAUGUAAAAUAAAGAUAGUAUGGUAAUGGUGCUUGUGCUUUAACAGUCAACUAACUUGAAAAUCACCGUAUUUGCGGUUGAGAAAGCCCUGUGUAUUAUAUACAUUACAAAAAGUAUAUUAAAUAAAAUUAAAAAAAAAAUUGUUAUUGUUUUUACAUUCACUUUAAAUUAAACAUCAUAGUAAAAUCUCUUAGUGUCCACAUAGUUAAAAUAAACCUAAAAUGUUUCGCGCCUCCCAAAUUGCUAGUGAAGAAACUUUACCUGCUUUGGGUGUAUUAACCCUAAAAGAUAAUGAAUCAGAAAUCUCAAAAUUAACUUCAUUGAAAUCCAAACAAGGAAAUAUUAAAACUGAAGGUUAUGGCCUUGUAACACAAUUAACACCCAGAGGUAUUAGAUAUCCUAGGGCCAUAAUAUUUGUUUUAAUGGCGAAAUUAUUUGAAGCCUUUGCUGCAAAUGGUAUAAGGACUAUAUUGGCGUUAUACCUACGCGACGAUUUGUAUUUCAGCGAAAGUUUGUCAACAAUUGUUUUGCAUAUUUUCAAUUUCUUUGGUCAAUUUUGCCCUAUAUUUGGAGCUAUACUAGCCGAUAGCUAUAUAGGCAAUGUACGGACUAUAACGGGUUUUUAUUUUCUUUAUGCAUUUGGUUGGAUUUUAUUGGUAUUGACGGCACUGCCUUAUAUGGGUAUAUCGUUGGUCUUUCUAGUUUCCAUAUCCUUACUCUUCAUAGCCAUUGGUAAUGGUUCUUCGAGAGCGUGUCUUACCUCUUUGGGUGCCAUACAAUUUCAAUUGCCUCAACAGGCCAAACAAUUGGCGGAAUAUUUUAGUCUCUACUAUUUUGUAUAUUAUGUGGGUAUAUUUCUGAGUAAAAUCUUACCGCCCAUGGUAAGAGCCAAUACAACCUGUUUCAAUAAGUCGGGCUGUUAUCCGGCAGUAUUUGGUACUUUGGGUACCUCGUUUUUUGUAGCUUGGUUAACCUUCUGCAUUGGCAAAUUGUAUUAUAAGGAAGAAAAAUUAAGUGCAGAAAAUAUACUGCUAAAAUUCUAUGGUUGUAUUAAACAUGCUUUGGCUAGGAAAUGGUCUAAAAAUGCUGAUGUAGUGAAACGUUCCUAUUGGUUGCACUAUGCGGUGGGGAAGUAUGAGGAUAGUUUUGUCAAUGAUGUGGCUAAAGUUUUAAAGCUGGCCAAAUUAUUUCUUCCCUUGCCUAUUUAUUUUGCUUUAUUGGCUCAACAGGACUCCAGUUGGACUUUUCAGGCUUCACAAAUGAAUACAACCAUAGUGCCGGGCGUAACUAUACAACCGGAUCAAGCCAAAGCUAUGGGUCCCAUAUUUCUAUUCAUUUUAAUACCUCUAUGGCAGUAUUUAAUGAAACCUUGUUUGAAAUGUUGUUUUAACUAUGAGCUGCAACCCUUGCAAAGUGUUACUUUGGGUGGAGUAUUUUCAGCAUUUUCUUUUAUAUGUGCUGGCGUUCUACAAAGAUAUAUUUUAUCUAUGCCUUAUAAAUCGGUUAAUGUUUUAUGGCAAAUACCACAAUUUGUUUUGAUCAUGUUGGGUGAGUUAUUGCUGUCCAUACCCGGUUUACAAUUUGCCUUUACACAAGCUCCCGCUUCCAUGAAAUCGGUGGUUACAGCUGCCUGGUUUUUAAAUAAUGCCUUUGGCAAUCUUAUUGUAGUGUUAAUAACCGAACUGAAUAUUUUUCCCACACAAAGUGAUGAAUUUUUCUUUUAUGCCAUUUUAAUGAUAGUGGCCAUAGUUAUUUAUACUUUCUUGGCCUAUGAUUAUGCUUUACAAGAACGUCUGGGUCAUCAUUAUGCUAGUCAAAGUUCUUUGGAAAUGUCAGAAAAUACUCCUCUAUAUAAUGUAAGAGAUGAAGCACCCAGUACAAGUAAUACGAAUGAACAAGUUGUUGAUUUUUAAAUGGUAGUAGUAUUAAAUUAUGUUAUUUUUAAUGCGAAAAAAGUGAUAGUUAAAUUAUUUUGUUGCUAGUUUUAAGAAGCAUGAAACGAUUUUUAUGAAAUAAAAGAUUUUAUAAAAUUAUUUAUAUUUAACUAUAA